CUAGUUGUGACCAUCCUUUUUAACCCACUUCCUGUCUAGUAUCAGCCAGGUCACUUGAGUAUCAGCUGAAGAGGCAACAUGGAGAGAAAGUUUGUAUCUCUGUUUUUCGCGGCGAUCGCCGUCCUGUUCGUCACCUCUGCUGUCAAACCGUCCGAUAAGGCUUCCUUCAAGAUGAUCAUGGAUCUACUGAGGAUUCCUCAAACUCCGGAAAGGUUUAAGAUAGGAAACAACGAGGUUGACUACAAGAGUCAUGACCUUCAGGUCCUCAAGUUCAACUGGCACAACUGUGGGUCUUCUCAAGAUCCUGUCAAGGUCAGGGAUGUGACCUUGGUGCCUGACCCCAUCAAGCUGCCAGGAGAAGUCAAGACUGGGUUCACUGCUCAGUUCCUCACUAAUGUGGACUCCCCUCUGAAGGCUGCAGUGGUUAUCAAGAAGAAGGUGCUGUUUGCGUGGAUCGAGGUCCCGUGUGUCGAUAACGUGGGAUCCUGCACGUACGGCGACAUCUGCUCCAUGAUUCCUGGUGACCCGACCGACCCAUGUCCGCCACCACUCAGUACAUACAACAUCCCCUGCCACUGCCCAUUCAGGGAGGGCAACUACACCUUGCCAGCCAGUACCUUUGAACUCCCCAGUGUGGGGGGCCUUCCCAGCUGGCUGGAGGAGGGAGACUACCAGGUCGAGGCCACCCUCAGUUCCAACAACACCCGACUAGCAUGCUACAGGGCAGAACUCUCCCUCACUAAAUAAUUAACCCUAACAAGUCCACAAGUGCCUGUUUCAUGUUUUUAUACCAGAACUUUUCAAUGAUACUGGUAUCUUAGUUGUUGGAGCGGUAAAGAUAAUGUUAGACUAGUCCACCACCUAGACAGGAGAAUGCAACACUUUGAAUAGAGAUAGAAGAUUGAUACUGACUGUACAUAGAAUCACAUGAUGCCUUUGUUGAUUGAUUGUACAUUUGAGGAGUGCUAAUCACUUGUAACCUGUUAUAUGUAAUCCUUGUUUCCUCAUUUUUGAAUUUCUCAAAAUAGGAAGCUAUCGUAGAUGGUGCACAGUACAACAGUUCCAUUUGAUACAUCUGAUACAGACCCAGCAAACAUUUUUAUAUGCCUUGGAUUUUCAAAGGCUACAAAUCUUGCAUCGUUCCCAGUGGGUUUUUUUUACUUGCUUUUUGCAUCUGUAACCUCAAAAUCGUUGUCCUUAGAAACUGUGAAAUCAUAACACUGUGAAUAUGUGUUUUGUACUACAGAAUUUUAACAUUAAAUUGCAAACACUGUGAAAACAUUCUGUCCUACAGCAAAAUAGAACUACUUAAAGUUAAUGCAUUACAUUGCUCUUUGUUGUCCUGUAAAAUGUAGUGUACAUGUAUUCACAUUUUCCUGUGUUCACAGUGGAAGCACUCUUUAACUGCACAGCACUUGCCAUUUGUAUACACAGAUAUUUUCUAUAUCUUAAAGUUUCUAUUUUAAGUGGCUGCCAUGAAGUUCUAAAAACUGAACAUAUUUUUGGCAAUAAAGGCACAAUUCUAAUUCAUGUAACAUUCAAGUUUAAAGAUUUUGAGAUGACAGGAUUUUCAGAGAAAACUACAUGGAAAGAAUGUAUUUCUGUCUUUGAAGAAUACAUGUAUUUUGAGAAUCAAAUCAAAUUGUCAACUGUAUUAUAACUCAUUAUGCUAUUUUUAGCAUUGUCAAAGUCAAAAUUGUUGAUUGAGUGUACCUUUAUUGCUUGUUCAUUUGAUCCAUGCUUUUGAUUCUUUUUAGUGUAAGUGCAUAUGAUGCAUUGAUAUGCCACAGAUAGUACUAUGUAUAUUUCUGAAUGUUGGAAAAAAAUUUAUUGAAUCAGUUGCUAAGAUAUACUGAGUGGCCAAACUUGCAUUUCAACUCAUGCUGUAUUAUUUGAAACUUUGAUUUACCUCACCAAAUGUAGUGCUAUCACAGCAAUCUAGCACUUCAGUUUGAUUUUAUGGAGCUUCACAAGAAUGGAGAAAUAAAGUAUCUUGACAUGAA